AUGCGUCGUUUCUUCUCCUCUCGCAGCGAGGAGUCUGAACUCCCUUGCGGAGUGGCGGCUAUCACUAGGAACCGCUCUCUCUCCAUCCGUUCCGGCCACCGCCGCAACGGCUCCCAAAACACCUCCAAGCGAACUGGCUUCUCCUUCAACUCCCUGCGCGGUAACGUCCAGCCUGAGCUCUCACGCAAGCUCUACCGCCUCAUCAAGAGCGAGAACAAUCUCAUCACCGCUCACGAGACCGCCGGCCGCGAACGCGUCUCCAUCGCCACUCAGCUCUCCGAAUGGGGUGAACAGACCAACGAUGAGGCCAUCUCUGACAUCUCGGACAAGGUCGGUGUCAUCCUUAGCGAGCUGGGCGAGCAGGAAGACCAGUAUGCGCACUCCCUCGACGAUUCUCGGGGCGUACUGAAAGCCAUCCGCAACACCGAAAAGAGUGUCCAGCCGAGCCGUGACGGCAAGGACAAGAUUGCCGACGACAUUGCGAAGCUGAAGAUGAAGGAGCCCCAAAGUGCCAGGCUUGUUGUGCUUGAACAGGAGCUCGUUAGAGCCGAGGCGGAGAACUUAGUUGCUGAAGCCCAGCUGAAGAAUAUCACUCGUCAGAAACUGAAGGAGGCGUAUGAGGCCGAGUUUACCGCCACCAUCGAGCGCGCGGCAAAGCAGAUCAUCCUCGCCAAGCACGGUCGACGUCUCCUACAACUACUUGAUGAUACCCCUGUCGUUCCCGGCGAUAUGCAUCCCACGUACAACCACGGUCAGCAAGCGCGGCAGAUUCUGAACGAUGCAGAAGACGACCUCCGAGACUGGUCACCAGACCAAGACUUCACCCCUCAGACCGACACCUUUUCUGAUGCUCAGACUAAGAUUCAUGAUGAGGACGCUAGGAUCGUUGCCAGCUCGGUGCCUGGGGAGAAAUCACACGGCACCGACAAUGCUAGCAUCUCGAGCAACGGUACUAAGCAAACCGAGAGCGUGGCUUGA